AUGUUAAGCUCUCCGUUGACUGCAACGAUUGUUCCUGUGCCUCACUCAUAUCCUUCCCUAGACAUUCCUGCUGAUGGUAUCGAUGUUGAAGAACACGAGGCGGUCGAACGAGACAGCGCUGAUCCUGACAGACGUAUAUCCAUUAUGGCUGGGGACAAGGCCAUUCAAUCAAAUAACGAAUUCUACGACGAUCCUGAUGAAGAGAUGUCCUACCCUUCAGCCAAGUCGUACAUACCUCUCUCGCGUGAUGCUCAGAGCCAUCGAGAUAUACCAAAACGUGCACGUGUUGAGGAGGAUGCUGCUACUACCAUCACUGAAACUGGAACAGGAAAGAAAGCCGAUUCAGUCGCAGACAAGACAUCCGAACCGAAGCCAGAGCCCACCGAUAAAUUGGAAUCUUCGUCACAAAAGCGGAACGGAGUAGUCGAAGCGGAAGCUAAUGUGUAGGCCCACAAUGCUGGCGUUUCACUUUGCUGGUUUACCUCAUUUCGCAAUUCCUCUCAUUGUACAGACAUCAGUGAUACUGUUUGAUUGCUUUGGAUCAGUCUCGCUGGGUUUUUUGUUUGCCGUGUACCUUUCGGUUCGUUACUAUAGGGCUACCAUUGAACAUUUCGUAUUCUGCAUUUAUCACUUCGAACCAUGUGAACUCGUCUAUGCAUUAGCCACGAUAAAUAUUCAUCUUUUAAUAAAUGACUUAUUGUCUCUA